AUGGCAGCGGGAAACAGCCCAACUCGAGCAAGGUCAGGUGGGUUCGGCAGAGUGGCCGCUUUGAUCUUGUCCACCAUGCGCACAACCACGCACAGCAUCUGUCGUGAUUCGGAGCAACGAACAACAAACAACAAACAACAAACAGCAAACAGCAAACAGCGAAUGACGGAAACCGGACGUGGAAGGAGAAGAUGGCGGCUUGGAGACGGAAGGGUGUGGAGUGGUGGCAGAGGGUCAGAUCAUGUGACCGGUAGAGGCGGGAGGAAGUCUGUGAGCGCCGGAUCGGCUCAUGCGGAUCUGCCUCGAGUCGUCCAGUCGCCUGACGACUGCACACGGAUCAGCUCGGCCUGCUCACACGAACGCUGCGUCGACGCGUCAUAG